GUAGGAGAAAAAGAAGACCAGUGCUCACAAGUGGGGCAAGCCUGGCUUGGAGAGUAGGAGUCCUGGACAACUGUGGAGCUGGGUCAGAGGCUUCCCGGAGCCUUGUGAUUAUGACUUUGUCAGUGCUCUAAAAUUUCCCUGGAGAUUGAUUCCCUGGGUGCCCAAAAUAGGUCCCUGGCAUUCAGGUCCUUUAUGCCCAGCUCACCUUCUCCCAAUUUCCUAACAAAUUUGAGUCCUUGGAGUGGCUCCAGGGAUGUGUUCACGGACCAGAAUCCCACAUUUCCUCGGGGGCAUGCUCAUAGGUAGGUCCAGGCCUUGGCACAACAGUCAUUUCUAGCCUCUUGAGCUUCUUUUCCUAGGGUGAUAAUAAGAAAAGGCCAGGGAAGAACAAAAAUGAGCCAGAGGUGUUGGACAAGAGGCUUGAUGUAGUCUCUGGAGCUGCUGUUCUGAAUCACACAGUCUUGAGGAGGAGGACCAGGGUCACUGGCUGAGCCUGUGGAGGAGGCAACUGCUACUGACUCUAAGUCUGGCAAGAUCUUUCCUCCCACCCUGAGCUAUGUAUGGGUGCCUCUCACACAGGCAGAUUUAGAUUCUGUGUCACUGUCCUGGAAGAAGGGCCCAAGCCAGAACAGGGGUCCCGGGCUGAGAGGAGCCUUCAGAGUGAGAGGGCAGCACCUUUGCUGACCCACCUUUCACUGUAAGCAGUGGCACUCACCCCUGCCCUUGCUCAAGGGAGUCACCCAUUCCUGAGUGAGUCAGGGUCACUCACUCCAUGACAGCUGUGGCUCGCCUUACAUGAGCUAAAUUGGGAAUUGGAAUGUCAUGCAGAUGCCCCUUGUCUCCCCACCCCCACAGUAAAAUUAAUCUGCUCUCUGGGGAGUAAGGGACAAACAGUGCUACCCACAGAGUGAACAAGAGAGAGUCAUUUGGGAAACAAAAGGAGAAUUUUACAGAGAGAGAGGGAUAGCUAAAACUACGUGAGCCUGGCGAGGGUGCAGAGCAGAAAGUAGAGACUGUCCGAAGACUGCUAUCUGGGACGAGACAAGUUGUUAAAGGGACAGGAGAGAAAGCAGAGCUAUUUCAAGAGUGAGCCACAGAAGGGAAUCCAGAGGCCAUCUAAGUGAGGAAGGGUCUACAGGCAGUGAGUGAAGGCCAGGAGCAGGGCCCAGGCCAGGCACGACCACCGAGGGGAUGAACUUCACAGUGGGUUUCAAGCCGCUGCUGGGGGAUGCACACAGCAUGGACAACCUGGAGAAGCAGCUCAUCUGCCCCAUCUGCCUGGAGAUGUUCUCCAAACCAGUGGUGAUCCUGCCCUGCCAACACAACCUGUGCCGCAAGUGUGCCAACGACGUCUUCCAGGCCUCGAAUCCUCUAUGGCAGUCCCGGGGCUCCACCACUGUGUCUUCAGGAGGCCGUUUCCGCUGCCCAUCGUGCAGGCAUGAGGUUGUCCUGGACAGACACGGUGUCUACGGCCUGCAGCGAAACCUGCUAGUGGAGAACAUUAUCGACAUUUACAAGCAGGAGUCGUCCAGGCCGCUGCACUCCAAGGCUGAGCAGCACCUCAUGUGCGAGGAGCAUGAAGAGGAGAAGAUCAAUAUCUACUGCCUGAGCUGUGAGGUGCCCACCUGCUCUCUCUGCAAGGUCUUCGGUGCCCACAAGGACUGUGAGGUGGCCCCACUGCCCACCAUUUACAAACGCCAGAAGAAACAGGAUCUCACUCUGUUGCCCAGGCUGGAGUGCAGUGGCACAAACACAACUUACUGCAGCCUUGAUCUCCCAGGCUCAAGUGAUCCUCCCAUCUUAGCCUCGCAGAACACUAAGAUUAUAGAUAGUGAGCUCAGCGAUGGCAUCGCGAUGCUGGUGGCAGGCAAUGACCGCGUGCAAGCAGUGAUCACGCAGAUGGAGGAGGUGUGCCAGACCAUCGAGGACAAUAGCCGGAGGCAGAAGCAGUUGUUAAACCAGAGGUUUGAGAGCCUGUGUGCAGUGCUGGAGGAGCGCAAGGGUGAGCUGCUGCAGGCGCUGGCCCGGGAGCAAGAGGAGAAGCUGCAGCGCGUCCGCGGCCUCAUCCGUCAGUAUGGCGACCAUCUGGAGGCCUCCUCUAAGCUGGUGGAGUCUGCCAUCCAGUCCAUGGAAGAGCCACAAAUGGCGCUGUACCUCCAGCAGGCCAAGGAGCUGAUCAAUAAGGUCGGGGCCAUGUCGAAGGUGGAGCUGGCAGGGCGGCCGGAGCCAGGCUAUGAGAGCAUGGAGCAAUUCACCGUAAGCGUGGAGCACGUGGCCGAAAUGCUGCGGACCAUCGACUUCCAGCCAGGCGCUUCCGGGGAGGAAGAGGAGGUGGCCCCGGACGGAGAGGAGGGCAGCGCGGGGCCGGAGGAAGAGCGGCCGGAUGGGCCUUAAGGCCUGAGCCGACCCGACCCUGCUCGAGAGCCCGCGCUAGAGUCGGGGAGGAUCUGCGCAGAGACCGCGGCAUCACCCAAAUCAGCGCCGGCCCCGGGAGGAUCUCAAUAAAGAACUCGAGCGUCCCAGACCCAUAUCUCCUUUCGCUGCCCAACCCCGCAGCCUCGGCUUCGGAGGCGACCCGCCCACCAUCCUGCCCUUCCCAGAACCUGAUACCAUCUGGGGGGCGGAAGCCAAAUGAACUCCUAUUGGGCACCUCUGUGAUGCCAGGAGCGAACUGGUGAGCCCAGCGCCCUGGGAAGAGGGUCAAGGGCGGGGCGGUGGUGCCGGGACCUCUGAGGUCCUGGGGAUUUGGGGACCCCUGGGGUCCACAUGCACCUGGCUGACCUGGCUGAAAGCCGCUGUCUCGGAGCCCCCCACAGCAUUUUGUUCCCCUCCCGCUGGCCCGGGGGCCCCACCUUCCCACGGGUUCCCACGCUGCUGUGACUGCCCUGCCUCUACGACAAAAGCCAACGGGUCUUCAGUACUUUUAUUAAAAAAUAGUCACGCAGAGA